AUGUCGACAAAAACAAAAAGUUUUGAUGAUGAUAAUAAAGAAAUAUGUGUGGCAUCACCAUCUUCGUCCUCUUCGUCAUCGUCACCAUUGUCACCUUCGUCUUCAUCAUCGCCCUCUUCGUCGUCAUCAUCAACACCCAACAACAGCAAUAAUAAUCAUAAUUUACCAUCACAAAUAAUAACAAUAAAUGAUUAUUUUCAUGGUUUUAUAUCAAAAAAAGAAGCCGAAAAACGUUUAAAGAAAUGUGGCAUCGAAGGUAGUUUAUUAUUACGAGCCGAUCAAUUAAAAUAUACAACAACAUUCAGCAAUAAACAACAACAACGUUAUUAUUUAUCAUGGUUAUCACCAAUUAAUCAUAAUAUUAUGCAUUAUCCUAUUACAUUAGUUUGUGGAGCAUAUUUUAUAUUUGGUCGAUCAUUUUUAUCACUAAGCGAUCUCAUCAAUUAUUUUAUUCAUCGCUCAAAAAAUAAUGUCUUUCCAUUGCGGCCACCUUCGGCGGUUGAAAUUACCGAACGACAAAGGAUUGCUAUACUUCCCUUUCAAGCUUUAUCCGACUCAGAUGAGAUAAGUUUUUACGAAGGCGAUUUACUAAUGGAAAUUCAACAAGUCGAUGAUCAGUGGAUCUGGGCUAAAUUAGAUCGAACUGGUCAGUCAGGAUUAGUUGCGGUCAAUCUUACUCUACCUUUGAAUGAUAAGCGUAUCCGUCCUGAAGAAUUGCCUUUUUUCCAUGAAGAUACUGUUGACUCUUUAAAUCGCCUUUUAAUUGAAUCUGGAGCUGGCAGCUAUCUUCUACGGCGAUCGUCAUUUAAGCAAAAUUCUUUUGCUUUGAUGCUUAAUAGUGGUCGACGCAUUGAAAAAUUUUUAAUUCGACGUACAGAAAUGGAUACAUAUGAAUUGGGAGGACGAUUUUUUCAAACAAUUCCUGAUAUAAUUGAUAGAUUAAUGCCCCUCAUAGUGAACAUUUUUAGAUAUAGUCAUAGAGAAAUUUGCGAUGGAAGCAAAUUGGUUAAAGCUGUCGUAAAGGAUAUCGUUGCAAAUGCUCGAAAACCCCUUAAUUUAGCACCUUCGGAUUUGCGACAUCUUCUCAGUUACAAUUCAUGUCCUCAUUCUGUCGCAUAUUCUCCAGCAUGUAGAAAAUUAAAGGAUAAUAAGUGGAAAAGUUGUUUCGUAAUGCUCAACGAUGCAAAUGGGUCGCAAUUAUAUAUUUUUGAAAAUGAAAAACGUGCCAAACCGAAAAUCGUACUCGAUCUUUGUUUUUGUUUUGUUUAUAAAAUCGAUGAAAGUAUAAUCGAUCGAAGUAAUACAUUGUGUUUGGUACUGAAUGGUCUAAACGAAUAUUCUUCAGUUUAUUUGUCUUUCCGAACUGUGAAUGUUUUUCUCCAGUGGUUGUGUAAUCUGAGAAAUCGAUGUCUUGGUUGUCGCCACACAGCAUCUCCAUUUACUGUUCUUCAAAGCACUUGUACAACUUUUUUAAGAUCGACUUCAGUUAUUUAUCUAACUUUGUCAAGUUACAGAGGUGCAAUAUUGAAGCCCGAUUAUGCAUACAGCGUGAAUGUUUUUGUCAACGCAGUACCUGUCACACGUACUCGAUCAUUUAUUCCAUCUGCCAAAAAUUAUAUUACGUUUGAUGCUCGUUUUUUCUUAGAGCAUGAUUCAGAAACGUCUGCUUUAUAUAUGCUACCAGAUGAUGGUAGUGAACUUUGUGUCUCGUCCGAAGAAAGUACCGAAGGAUUCGUAUUUCGCGUGACGCGGCAUAGAGUUGCGCUCCUACCAGAGGAUCAGUAUUCCUCGUUUUUUGUUCUUUUGUCAUCGCAUUCGUUCAAGUUAUGCUUAUGGAUUGGUUCUAUAUUAAAUAAUUUCAAAAGGAACCAUUUUUCUCGACUUCUUUUGACGGUCUUUAUACCCAAUUAUUCGCUGCUUUUUGCUUUCUUGAAAGUUCUUGUGGAAGACCAGUUGUGUUCAGAAAGCGAGAGCACUUUAUUUCGAGGCGAUUCCUUUUGUGUUUGUUGUGUUUCAAAUGUCUUAAAAAUGCUUGGACGAGAUAUUGCACUCGAUCAGUUAUCUCCUUCUCUGGAUCAGCUACAGUCUGAGAAAACAACGGCUAUUGAUUCUGAAAAAUAUAUUAUGCAACUGAACGAUCUUAUUUUUCGGCUUCCUCCUGCAUUUGGUGCUACAUUAUCUUUAGUAUCCAAUAGCUCAUCAAUUCAUUUCAAAAGCUCUUCAGUUGCACGCCGUGCAGUUAGCACAUUUUUUAUUCUACGCUUCAUCAAUCCAAUCUUAACCUUUUGGAAUGUAAAUGGAGGUCCAACGCGACAACUGGCAAAAACACUUCAAAUCACGGCUAAUCAGGCAUGUUCAACGGAUGUCGAUUUGGUAUUUUUUCCAAUUGGUAUUUUAAGAAAUAUUUCAAAUAAUCAAGCAGUUCGUUCGAUGGCAAAUUUGUUGGACGCAUUUGUUAAUUCACCUCGGGUCGAUGAAACAACACCAAAUCCUUUUAUGGGUUACAGUCGCAUAGAUCACCUCGCAACACUUGCGUUCCAGGUGGAGAGAAUUCUUGACCAAAGGCCUGAAGAAUGUCCAUUACCUGAAGCUCUGGUAGUUAUUCGACUACUUAAAGCUCAUGCAGAAAGGUAUCUUAUGCAAAAUUAA